AAAAAUAUGUCCAUAUUUGUGUAUCUGGCACCGAUAUUUUUAUCCACGCUUUAUUUUAUUAUUCUUUGCGUUGCGGUUCUCCAUCAUUUUCUUUUCUUUUGCCAAUUUCAUUUUCGCCGCCACCGCUGCCUGCCACUAGUACGUCUGCGUCUGCAGGUCAACGCCUGGAAAAAACUUUUAAAUUUGUAAAAAAAUUAUACAAGUAAUAAACAAAUCAAAGAAUUACGUGCCGCAAGUUAGAAAAAUUGUCGAAGAUAUCGAAACAUAGAUUCGAUGUUUGAAUUUUAAAGUGGUUUUGCAAUUUAUUCGUGCGAAAAAAAGAAGAAAAAAAAAACGCCGAAGCAAUAAAAAGAAGAAGAGCAGCUGCAAGAAGCAUCACAAGGGGACAGCAUUUCAAGCGUUGUUGCCAAAAGAAGGCGUUGGAUACACACUGCGAGGAAAUCUAUCCAAAGCCAAAGACGAGGAAAACAGAAUACCGAGAGUUGGGGUGAAGCAAGGCGAGAAAUAAAAUCAAUUAUUUGUGGAAGGGGUAGAAGUGCUAAGUAAGCUGAGUUGCCGCUUAUAUCUCAACAUACCGGCGUUAUUUGUAUAAACAUCGUUUGCUUAUAAAAGGGCAUUGAUUUUCCACUAACAGCAUUUUAAAUAAGUUUAAAACCAAUUCAGUUUUUGUGUGUUCAUCAAAAUUUCCCGCUAAACUGUUUUGACGCAUACUUUUGUUCAAUAUGGGCGCAUAUCUAUCCGAACCGAAAACAGACAAGGUAUCUACGGACGAGUCCAAUGAUAUAUUGAAUGUGGGAGCCAGCUCUAUGCAAGGUUGGCGUAAUAAUCAAGAGGAUGCUCACAAUUCCAUUUUGAAUUUCGAUGUAAAUACCUCUUUUUUUGCUGUUUACGAUGGCCAUGGGGGAGCCGAAGUGGCCACCUAUUGUGCAGAUAAGUUGCCGCAAUUUUUGAAAGAGUUAGCCGCGUACAAAGAUGAAGCAUUUGAAAAGGCAUUAAAGGAAGCGUUCUUGGGGUUUGACAAAACACUAUUGGAACCGCAAGUGGUUGAUAUAUUGAAAGUACUUGCCGGUGAAAAGGGGUUUGAUGGAGAUGAUAGUGAUGCACAUGAUGAUGAUGAAGAUUUCGAAGACUUGGCUGAACUACACGAAGAAAGCCAUUUGCCGUUAGACGAAGUAUUGGAAAAAUACAAAGGUGGUCCAUGCAUGCCAUCGUUAAAACGAAUUAAAGAUGGUUCGGGUGGAGCAAAACCACAAUCACCAUAUUUACGUGGUAGACGUGCAGCUGCUGUUAUAGCCGAUGCCACAAAUAAAGCUGUACUAGAUCCGGAAUCCAAACCACAAGGCUCUUCUACUUCUGCUGCGGCAGCGGCUGCUUCUAAGUCGGAUGAAGCAGGACCCAGCUCGUCGCACAAGUCCUCUGAAGGUGCCUCAUCAUCAAAGACAGACGGUGUUACUUCCGAGUCCGGUCCAAGUUCUUCAAACAGUGGCAAUAUAACAAAAAUGGACACUGAUGAACCGGAAGAGGACUCUACAGUUAGCAGCAGUAGCUCGAGUGCAAGCAAACCUACCAAUAAUGUACCCACCGAUGUAGAAAAUAAUAAAUCGGAAGGUAACGUGGAAAAAAAUUCAUCCAAUGGGCCUGAAAUCACACCAGCCAAUGCCACAGCAUCAUCAUCGCAAACCAAUAAUGAUACUUGUCCUGAUUCCUCUCAUACCAAAGAGGUUGAACAGAAUGGUAAUGUUUCAUCAUCGGAGAAAAAACCACUAAAAAAGCAAAACCCUACAGGAGCAGAUAUGGAUACAACUGUUUCAGGUUCCAAUGAUUCCGCAAAGAGAAUACAAAAUGGCACAAUUGGAAGUACAUCCUCUUCUGCAGCAAACAAGCUAACUGCUGGCAGCGCUACAAUUACAUCUACCAGCAAGGAGUCUAAGAAACUAAAGAAACCAGAUGUGAGCGGUGAAGAUGAAUCAACCGAUGAUGAUGCUGAUUAUGAAGAGAAUACAGAAGAACGUGACGCUAGACAUAGCCUGGUAUACUCGUCCGAAGACGAGGAAAUUGAAGAAGCCGAAAAUUCAAGUGUAUAUUCUUCAGAUGAAGAAGUUGAAGAAGACGAGGAGGAGGAUGAGGAAAGCGCACUUGCCAACGAGCAGUUCUGUGCUGAGAUGAUUGAGGAGCCUGGCAAGGACAGUGGCUGCACUGCUGUAGUGGCACUACUUAACGGUCGCGAUCUUUAUGUGGCCAACGCAGGUGAUUCACGUUGCGUAGUUUGCCGCAAUGGCAAAGCCAUUGACAUGAGCUUGGAUCAUAAGCCGGAAGAUGAAGAGGAAUCGUCACGCAUCAUAAAAGCCGGUGGUCGUGUUACUUUAGACGGUCGUGUAAAUGGUGGGCUAAAUCUUUCACGUGCAAUUGGUGAUCACGCUUAUAAAAUGAACCUGGAGUUGCCCGCUGAAGAUCAGAUGAUAUCUGCUUUACCAGAUGUGCGAAAGCUUAUUAUAACACCAGAGGACGAGUUUAUGGUUUUAGCUUGUGAUGGCAUUUGGAACUAUUUAUCCAGCGAGGAAGUGGUAGAUUUUGUGCGUCAACGUUUGCAAGAUAAAUCGAAAAAGAUUUCUCAAAUAUGUGAAGAGCUUUUUGACACAUGCUUAGCUCCUAAUACCAUGGGCGAUGGCACAGGUUGUGACAAUAUGACAGCAGUUAUUGUAACCUUUAAAAGCAAAAUCUUGACUAUGCCAACAAAACUUAAUCCCGAAGAAGUAGUGCUUAUUAAAGAUGUUGCUGCUAAAAACUCAUCCCCUAAUGUUAGUGUGCAUCAAAAGGAACAACAACAACAGCAAUGUCUUAAACGCACCGCAUCACCCACAUUCGAGGAGAACUCCAACGAAGCCGAAAACGCCAACAAAAAUAAACGUUUGAAGACUGAAGAGGAUACUUCCUCAAAGAUCCACGCUAUUAACAAAACCGCAAUUGAGACAUCUACAUCAAGUAAUAGCGAUGCAGCGGCCAGUAGCAGCACAUCAGAGGCAGCGGCAGCAGUUGCAAGUAUUACAGAUCAAAAAGAUUGCGAUAGCAAUACCACAGCAAGCACCAAUGAUUCAACGGAUGCUGAUAAUAGUGCUGUUUCUUCGACGUAAAUUGGCAAAUUUGGUUUUAAGCACAUACAUAUAAAAUUUGUUAACAGCAACAGUGGUAGAGUGUGAAUUCCAGUUUGGUUAACUCCAUUUAAUAGAAACAAAGGAAUUAUAUAUGUUUUAAUUUUAAUGAAAAGGAAAACAUAAAAUCUCAUCUACAAGAGAGCUCUUAUUUUCACAAUGCCUAAUAUUAAGAUUUUAAAAUUUGAUUCAAUUGAAGAGUCAUAAAUACCAACCAAGCUUAGAGUGUGAAUGCUUGUAAUACCUUUUGUACGAAAAAUUGACCAACCCAAUAGCAGCGAGAACUGGAAUAUAUCUAUUUUUUCUGUCAUUGCAAAAUAUUGCAGUAUAUUUUAGUUCAAAAUACAUGAAUAAGUAAUAAAUUAAGCUCUUUAUUAGUGAAAUUUC